CUGACCUCGUAAUUCACCCACCUAGGCAUCCCAAAGUGCUGGGAUUAUAGGCGUGAGCUACAGCGCCCAGCCAAAGCGUCCUUUUUAUAUAACCUGGCAGAUACAAUCCAUUGCAUACACGGUCUCAAGAUAAAUAGUAACUCAUCCUCAUGCAAAAGGACUUGCUAUGCAGUUUUUUUGUUUUGUUUUGUUUUGUUUUGAGACAGGGUCUCAUUCUGUCAUCCAGGCUGGAGUGUAGUGGUGUGAUCUUCUUGGCUCACUGUAACCUCCACCUCUUGGGUUCAAGUGAUUCUCAUGCCUAAGCCUCCCGAGUGGCUGGAAUUACAGACGUGUGCCAUCAUGCCCAGCUAAUAUUUGUAUUUUAGUAGAGACAGAGUUCGCCAUAUUGGCCAGGCUGGACUCAAACUCCUUCUUUCGACUUCUGUGUGGCUUCAAGUGAUCCACCCGUCUCGGCCUCCCCCAGAGUGCUGGGAUUACAGGUGUGAGCCACCGUGCCUGGUCUGCUAUGCAUUCUUAAACACUCAUCCUAAAUUCACCUGGAAAUCAAGGUGGCCAUCCAUGCUAGUUAAUUACCUGUAUCCAAUGAAAAAAUAAAACUUCUCACAUCUCCUUGACAAGCAGGUAGUAACAGCCCAAGGUGCCUAGGCUAAACUCCCUAGGCAACAGGAAGAUAGGGACACAAUCUUCCUCGAGGUUUACGUUUCAAAGACAAGACUCUUAGGCUCUUAAGAAAAAAAUUCCUGGGUUGUGACCAGGCACGGUGGCUCAUGCCCAUAAUCCCAGCACUUUGGGAGGCCGAGGCUGGUGGAUCACCUGAGGUCAGGAGUUCAAGACCAGCCAGACCAACAAGGUGAAACCCUGUCUCUACUAAAAAUACAAAAAUUAGCCAGGCAUGGUGGCAGGCGCCUGUAGUCUCAGCUACUCAGGAGGUUGAGAUGGGAGAAUUGCUUGAAUCCAGGAAGUGAAGGUUGCAGUGAGCCGAGAUUGUACCCCUGCACUCCAGCCUGGGUGACAGAGCGAGAUUCUGUCUCCCAAAAAAAAAAAAAAAAAAAAAUUGCUGGAUUGUAAUGUUGGCAAGAAGUUCAUUUACCUUUUUAAAAGAUUUAGAUACAUAUCAAAGGCACAAAAGAAGUUAUUUAUAUUACAAGGUGUAUCAAGGAAAUGCUCUUUAAAAAGGAGAGGAGAUAAGGUUAAUUUACCUUUUGGCAAGUAAGACAAAUGUAAUCUUUUUUUUUUUUUUUUUUUAGAAAAUCUAUACAGUGAGGGCUGGGCAGGGUGGCUCACAUCUGUAGUCCCAGCACUUUGGGAGGCCAAGGCAGGUGGAUUGCUUGAGGCCAGGAGUUCGAGACCAGGCUGGGCAACAUGGCGAAACCCCAUCUCUACUACAAAUACAAAAAUUAGCUGGGCGUGGUGGUGUGUGCCUAUUGUCCCAGCUACUCUGGAGGCUGAGGCAUGAGAACUGCUUGAACAUGGGAGGCAGAGGUUGCAGUGAGCUGAGAUUGAGCCAUUACAAUCCAGUCUGGGCAACAAGAGUGAAGCUCUGUCUCAAAAAAUAAAAAAAUAAAAAAUAAAAAAACAAAAACAAAGAGCCUCUUUUCUCUCUCCCUGCCACAGAGUUGUCUUUAGUAAUUUCAUUCACUUUUUUCCUCAGGGUUUACUGGGUUUCUGGGUCCCAGAAGGGGAAGUUCUCUUCAAGGUGCAGAAACCACGACUCCGCAGAGAAUCGCAGAGACGGCAGCAUGACCAGACCCUGGCCAGGUGUGGGGAGGCUGCUGGGCUGAGACUUGGGCUGAACUUCCGCUGCAGGUCGACUUAUUCCCAUCAGCACCAAAGCCGCUGGAGGGGGUCAUCCACUAGCAAAUGAAGCGGGGGCGUGGCUUGGAGGCUGUUUCAGAAGGUCCCACUGAGUCAAGGGCUCAAGGCCUGGCCACAGCCCUCCCAAGUGAGGCCCAGAUCAUAUUUCACCAUGCUCAGAAAACCUUGUCAGCUCAUUUCAGUCUAUAGUGACUUUGCUUUCUUUAGGAUCUCUCUUGCACUGUCCAGCCCAGGGAGUUCCAAAUCUGAAUGGAUUCCAAUGAUGGAGUUAAAUCAGGCCCCACCUCAGUUUUUGAAUUACAAUCAAUAGGGCUGGGUCCCAGCAUCUGUAUCUUAACGUUCCUCCAUGUGAUCCUCAUGCUGAAAGGCUGGUAUUUGCAAAUCCCUUUUUUGGGGGAGUGAAGGGUUUUUUUAGAGACAGGCCUCAUUCUGAUGCCCAGCCUUGAAUUCAGUGGUGGAUCACAGCUCACUACAGCCUCGAACCCCUGGCCGCAAGAAAGCCUCUCACCUUGGCCAACCAAAGUGUUGGGAUUACAGGAGUGACCACUGUGUCUGGCCAGGAAAGCCCUUCUGUUUCACUUGAAUGAUAUUUCUGCAGCAUACCUACAGCCAUUGUUGUAUUAAACCGCAUCAUUGCGGGAAAAGAAAAGGUGAGAGGUGACUGUUUUGCUUUUUUCUGAACAUAUCAGACCAAACCUGGGCUGUUUAGCCUUUUUUUUUUUUGAGACGGUGACUCGCUCUGUCACCCAGGCUGGAGUGCAGUGGCGCAAUCUCGGCUCACUGCAACCUCUGCCUUCCAGGUUCAAGCGAUUCUCCUGCCUCAUUCUCCCAAGUAGCUGGGAUUACAGAUGUGCACCCCCACGCCCAGCUAAUUUUUUCUGUAUUUUUAGUAGAGACGGAUUUAAACAUGUUGGCCAGGCUGGUCUCGAACUUCUGACCUCUGAUAUCUGUCUGCCUCUGCUUCUUAAAGUGGUAGGAUUACAGGCAUGAGCCACUGCGCCUGGUUUGCCAAUUUUUUGACAACGUAUCAACAUCAUUUAAGAUGGGCACGGCCUCAGUGUAGUGUGUCUAGACAAGGUGGCCGGAAGAGAGAGGAAUAUGCAAACCAGGCUUGAAGAUGGGUUAAAUCAGAGCUUUUCAUUCCACAAAAGAGAAAUUUUAAUGAGGUCAGAACAUUGAUCUUCUAAUAUUUGAAAGCCUGUUAACUAGGAGACAGAUAGCAAACUAUUUUGUUGUAGGAGGACCCACCCAGCUCUGAUGGUUUAAAGCGUCAUGAAUGCGAAUUUGAACUCCAGAAAAGCAUAGCUUCCUAACAAUGGGACUUCCACAGCAAUGGGAUCUGCUUCCUCUUUCAGUUUGUGCCUUUCCCAUGAGCAAGAGACUCCUAGAAGAGCCGCAGCCUAUUAGGAAAAUGUGUGGGAACUCACUCACAGGUUCUUUAUUUUUUUUGAGAUGGAGUUUUGUUCUUGUUGCCCAGGCUGGAGCGCAAUGGUGUGAUCUUGGCUUGCUGCAACCUGCGCACCCCGAGUUCAAGUGAUUCUCCAGCGCCCUCUCCCAAGUAGCUGCGAUUACAGGCAUCUGCCACCAUGCCUGGCUAAUUUUUUGUAUUUUUAGUAGAGAUGGGGUUUCACCAUGUUGUCCAGGCUGGUCUCAAACUCCUGACCUCAAGUGAUCCACCCACUUUGGCCUCCCAAAGUGCUGGGAUUACAGGCAUGAGCCACUGAGCCCGGCCGGAACCCACAGGUUUUUUGGAUGGUCUCUGAAUGUCAUGGAACUCUUUUAUUUUUUAUCAAAAAAAAUUUUUUUGACACAAUGUCUUGCUGUGUUGCCCAGACUGGAAUGCGGUGGCAAGAUCAUAGCUCACUGCAGCUUCUAACUCCUGGGCUCAAGUGAUCUUCCUGUCACAUGAGUCUCCAAAGUAGUUGGAACACAGGUGCCAGCCACCACACCUGGCUAAUUUGGUUUUUUUUUUUUUUUUUAGAGAUGGGCUCUUGCUAUGUUGCCUAUACUGGUCUUGAACCGCUGGCCUCAGGCAAUCUUCCUCCCUUAGCCACCCAAAGUGCUGGGAUUACAAGCAUGAGCCACUGUGCACAGCUGAGAUUUUUCGACUUAGUCUUUUUGUACAUGCGAUAUUUUAUUCAUAGAAUCCAUAAAUGGAAGGAAAAUUUCUGAGUUCAGAGCAAUACAUAUGAUACAAAACUUGAUAUAUAGACUAGAGUUUCUUAGCUGAACUGGAGGGGCUGGCUUAGGUAAUCCAUGGACUCCCUGAAAUUGGGGACACCAUUGGAAAUAUGUGUGAGCUCAGGGGCAGUUUCCUAUGAUUUUCAGGCCUCAAAAUGUCUCUUGGACUCAAAGUUGCCUUAGGGCAGAGGAUGCGUGUACCCCCAGUAUAGAAUCUCGGACAGUGAAUGUCAGUAAACAUUCGGCAGAAAAGCUCUGCCAAAUUGAGUGCUCUGAUGUGACUUUUUCGUCAAGUCAAUGUUCCUGGGAUCUCUUGUACAUGAUAAUCUCACUCUUGUAAGGUUUCAUCGUUUCUGCUUACCCUAGUUUUCUUUCCCACCCUGCUCCCUCUCCCACCAGACUGGACUCUGAAAUGGGCAUGUACAGAGACAAAGAGACCCCAAUAUGCUUCAGGCUUUGAGUGGAGAGGACACAGCCUCUGCUGGGACAGGGAACAGAGGGAUUCAGAGUUCCUGAAGAUGCUUUUGGACAAUGGUCUGAGGUUGGGACAGUGGCAGGAGAUACUAUUCACUCAGGAUCUCCAGGACAAGAGAUCAGCCUGGCAGUUACAUGUGUUUUUCUUCAAACUGGUUGCCAGGUUGGAAUGACCGAUGACAUCAGAGAUUCCGACCUUCCUGAUUGGAGGGACUGGACUCCGUGGGCGCCUGGAGCUCAGGCGGACAACAGUAUCUUCUCAGAGCUGUUCUCCACUCCUGACUUCUCCUAGCCUUGAGAAUUAAUAACGUACUCUUCUGGAUCCUAGCAGUGUCCAGAAGAAGGCCAUGGACAGAACAGAGACUAGGUUCCGUGAGAGGGGACAGAUUAUGGGAAAGAUCACGACCAGCCAUCAACCGCACCCACAGGAUGAGCAGAGCCCCCAGUGGAGCACCUCGGGGUACCCCCUCCAGGAGGUGGUGGAUGAUGAAGUGUCGGGACCAUCAGCCCCUGGGGUAGAUCACAGCCCCCCGCAUAGGUCCUUUCACUGGAAAAGGAAGAGGGAGUGGUCAGACGAAUCUGAGGAGUCGUCGUCGGAGGAGCCACAGAAGGAGCUCGCCCCUGAGCCUGAGGAGACCUGGGUGGCGGAGACACUGUGUGGCCUUAAGAUGAAGCUGAAGCGACGGCGAGUGUCGCUCGUGCUCCCUGAGCACCACGAGGCCUUCAACAGGCUGCUUGAGGAUCCUGUCAUUAAAAGAUUCCUGGCCUGGGACAAAGAUCUGAGGGUGUCAGACAAGUAUCUCCUGGCUAUGGUCAUAGCGUAUUUUAGCCGGGCCGGCCUCCCCUCCGGGCAAUACCAACGCAUCCACUUCUUCCUGGCUCUCUAUCUGGCCAAUGACAUGGAGGAGGACGACGAGGCCCCCAAAGAAAACAUCUUUUACUUCCUGUACGGGAAGACCCGCUCUCACGUACCCUUGCUCCGUAAGCGUCGGUUCCGGUUAUGCCGUUCCAUGAACUGGAGGGCCAGGAAGAACCGCUCUCAGAUAGCCUUGUUCCAGAAACUUCGGUUCCAGUUCUUCUGUUCCAUGCGCUGCAGGGCUUGGGUUUCCCCGGAGGAGUUGGAGGAGAUCCAGGCUUAUGACCCAGAGCACUGGGUAUGGACGCGAGAUCGCGCCCGCCUUUCCUAGAGCUCCAGGGACCGUGGAGGCCUGAGGUCAUCGGCCUGAGAGAAGAACACCGGGCCCAGGGGAGAUGUGGAUUUUCCGCAGGAACUUUAUUCCAAUGCUCAUGGCAGACACCAGGAAGGAGGAGAGGAGCCGUUUGUGCAGAUCAUCUGGAAGAACCUGGACCGUUCUUGAUGGAGGCUGAAUACAGUGAUCACGUUGUCCUCCUAGGAGCAGGGGUGGAGGGUGGGGGGUGGGGUACUUCUAGGAGUCCUUGGAGAAAAGUAAGAAACCAGGAGUGUUUCCAGUUCCACCCUUUCCUGCGGCACCACCUCCCUUUUCAUGUUGCUGAAUUCCAACCUCCCUGGAGGUCCUGUUUCUUAGGGACUUGGUUGCCACAGUCCAGGAGGAUUUGAACACACAAUGCAGGGGCUCAGAUUGGCACAGAAUUCUUCAUGAAAUAUGAGUGCCAUAGACUGUAACGGAUAGCUUCGUGCACACUAUGCAUUUUAUUGGUUUGUUUGGAAAAUGUUAGCCAUUGAAUUAUUAAUAGGUUUAUUUCAAAUAGUUAGGAAAUUGUACUUUUGAAAACAUGCUCUUCCUGUAUAGUUUUUUGAUGAGAGUUAUAGCUAUUAUAUAUACAUAAAGAUAAUUUUUUCAUUUUUAAGAGUGAAUUCUUUUUAUCCUAAAUCUUUUAUUAUCUUUAAAUUUUUUUCUGUAUUAUUAUAUGUGCUCCUGAAGCGAGCACUCUUUUUAUCUAUGAUACUUCCAUAAUAAUCUCUUCUAUUUAUAGCUAUUGGUAGUUGUCCUAAAUUCUAGUCAUAGAAAUUUUUAUUUGCUGUUUAGGUUUGUGACUGCAUUGUGAGAAUUCAGUUAUGAUUUUUAGUAUGUCUUAGAUAUAUAUACUAACAUGUCUAAUAUAUACUAUCUAUUUUAUUGGUUUAUUUUGAAAAAGAUUGGCAAAGAAUUAUUUAAAUAUUAUUUUAUUUAACUGUUUAUUAAAUAUUAAUUUAUUUAAAUAUUACUUUAAAUAUUAUUUUAAAUAUUGUGGAAAUACUGGUAUUUUUGAAUAGACGCUGUUUCUAUAAAGUUAUGUGAUGGGUGUUAGAACUGUUAUAUACACAUAAAUAUAAUUUUGUUUUCCUUUUUAAGAGUGGAUUCUUUUUAUCAUAAAUCUUUUACCUUUCAAUCUUUGUAUCAUUACACGUGCUGCUGAAAGAAGCAUACUUUUUAUCUAUGAUACUUAGUUCAUAUGUAUAUUACAUUUAUAGCUAUGUGGUAGUUCCCCUAAAUUCUUGUGAAAAUAAAUGUUUAUUUGAUAUUUAGUGUAUGUUUGAAAUGUGAGAAUUCAGAUGUAAUUUUUUACCUUGUAUUGGCAUGUUUGUAUGUUACUUUAAAGAGGAUGUGUGUUCUAAAGGAGGGCAUGAACUGUGUGUUUUCAAGAGAACAAGAGAGUGCGUCUCUUGGGGAAACGUAAUAAAGAUGAACUUUUCUCACCUUCA